UCAAUUACGUUAACCGAUGAGAUUGCAUUACGAAGCAUUUUCGUAGGUAUGUACGUGGCUUAAGCGCCCGUCAGGUCGGCUUCACCGAGAACCCCGAGUUGUUCUUAACGUUUUCUGACCGGGGUGAAUCGAUUUUUCAGGUACACGAAGAUAGAAGGCGGCUUUAGGGAAUAAGAUGUUUUAGUCGGCAGCGUUGCAGCUGAAUAUAUACAAGAUAAGAAGAUAGGGGAAAAGUCGAUGACGCGGAAGCGAUCACGUCUUCUAAAAACAAAAUCGUCCUCUAGAUUCGCACAGCAAUUGUUUUUUGCAACCUUCACAAUUGUGGUCAUUAACGGCGAUGAUAUAGAAUGAUUACACUAUACAAAACUAAAUUCUGUUACACAGUAUGAAAUUAUAGUAUUAAUAUUUGUUUAUCAUCGUUGAGAUUUUUAUUCAAAGUUUCUUCAAUUUGUGAUUUAAAUUACUAUCAAAUAAAUGGUUCGUUAAACAGAAAGUAAUUUUCGUACUUAAUAGGAAAUGCAGCUUUUUAUUCUCACGUUUCCAAUUUGUCGAAGAGUUCAGAAGCAGUGACCGGGUAUGUUUGUACGUAGAAACGUAAUAUCCGACCGUCAAAUUCUAGCGUUAUAUAUCUUUCCUUCUACAAACUGUUUCGACGUUAAGAAUUUCCGAAGAAUUGAACGCUCGGCGAAAACGACAUUUCAUUUACCAUUCUCGGCCCCCCUCAUAAAACAGAGACAGUCAAUAAUAUGACUCCACUUAGCAUCAAGAAAAAUUAACUCUAUUCAAACUUUAGUUUUCAGUUCUUUUUCUCCUUUUUUUCUUUUCUUUCUUUUUUGAUAAUAUAAUUCCUACAGAUGUUCAAAAUCCAGAACAGUAUCUCAAAAAACUAUAUUCGUUAUUCUCGCGCUAGAAUAUUCGGCAAAUUAUCACCAAUCUCCUCCGUUUUCUUUGAAUCGCACUUAGUACCGACAAACUCCCGUUCUCUAUAUAAAUGUGCCAUUCAAGCCGGCCAGCGGAAAGAUUAAAUCUUGUGGACGAUUAGGGGCAACGCUUUGGCAAGAUUUCAUUAAGCUUCAAUGAGUCAAUUAGCUCCCUUCGUCGAUACAUCACUGUGCGAGCGAUUCUAAAAAAAGACAUAUCUUUAAACGAGUACCGAAAAAGGAAAGGCAGGAGAGAAAGCACGAAAGCAAUAACGAUGGGUGAAGGUGGGUCUGUAGGCGAAGGUUUAUUGUUCCAAGGAUAGGGGGUGACCGGCGGGGACUGGGAAGAUGGAGGGUAGCGGUGCAGGAAUUAGCAGGCUCGACUGCUACGAAGAUAUGUUUAAGGAAAUAACCAGAAAAUUGUACGGUGAAGAUCCUGAUCAUAGAACCUCAAGCGUUCAGAACGAGUUCGAAACUUCUGUAUCGUACAAGACCGAAGAGGAUACCGGAAACGGGACCGAUAGUGAUGAUGGAAACUGGACCUGCGAAGAGGAGCCUUUGAAAGGCACCGAUGGAAGUCGUAUUGCUGCUUAUCACGCUGGAAAAGCAACAUGGAGGUGCUACGAAUGCGGUGAUUUGAUGGGAGGUGGACCACGGGAUGUAGCUGAACAUUUCAUGGAACUUCACUCGUCAAGGAUUCUUGGAGACGAUAGCAGAAACAGACACCAUUCGCCCUCACAGGAUUAUCGACAGUCCGAAGAAUUAAAAGUGGAGGAUGUGAUUUCCUACCUGGAAAGGCUGCGUGAACGAGUAGAACGUGUGGCACCACCAUCCAGGAGAACUCAGGAAACGCAAACAGUGCCUGCAGCACUCUUACCUGUCACCUCCACCUUUCUGUUACAAGAAUUACCAUCAGCUCCUGCACCACAACAUUUGCAUCAGAACACCACCACGAUGUCUUCAGUGACAGUGACACCGAGCGUGAAGCGGUAUAGCUGUCCAUAUUGUCCUUAUGGAACGGAUCGCCGCGAUCUGUACACACGACACGAAAAUAUCCACCGGGAGGAAAAACCGUUCCAUUGCUAUAUCUGUUACAAACCAUUCAACCGCGCUGAUCAUGUGAAAAAGCAUUUCUUAAGGAUGCAUCGCGAGCACGGUUACGAGUUAUCAAGGAUACGCAGACCAGCUGGAUCCAGUCCACCAAAGCCUCUCCAACAAGAAGCAGGAACCGCGAAUACCGGAAAUGUGAAUACGAAUGGCCAACCGCAGCAACAGCACACAAAUUACUCGUCAGGAUUUAAUAAUAACAAAAAUUACCAGUUGCAGCCGAAUACUGGCAAUAAUGCAGCUACUAACGCGGGAGGAAUUUAUCAAGGAACAUCGAUGCCUGCUCCGGGUAUUAUGCAACCUGAUGCAGCGAACUGCGCCACUGGAAGAAGAGUACAGAAUGGUGGAUGUAACAGCAAGAGCCAUCUUAAGGGAAGCUCUAAAGGUGCUCAGGAACGAAGGUACACUUGCUGCUACUGUUCCUGGAGCGGUGUGGACAACUGGUGUUUGAAACGGCAUCUAAACACACAUUUGAAGCCGUUUGCAUGCACACUUUGCGAGUAUAAAGCGGCGCGUGCCGAACGCCUAGCCACCCACGUGCUCAAGGUGCACAACAGACGGCAAUGCUCAAGGUGCUCUUUCCUUGGCGAAGAUGCGGCCCAAUUACAGAUGCACCAGCUGCAUGUACAUCGAGUCAGCAGUGCUAACGCACCCGCGACCUCUACUACUCAAGCUACACCACCGCCUACUAAUCGCCAUCAACAACCUUUGCAUCCCGCAGGAGGAGGACGGCCACCACCUGGUCCACCAGUUUUUCCAGCUCCAGCUCCAGCCAUCGCACCUGCUACCACUGUGAUACCACCGACAACGAUACUCGGCCACGAGAUGGUAAACUCCCCUGCAACUGCAGCGACAAUGGCGUACCCGACCUUGGAGGAGGAGAGGCGGUCGAGCUGGCACGAGCACGGCCGCGACCACGACCAUCGUCGUCGCCAUCGUCAACACGACGCCAACCAGAUCGUCGAUCACCAUGAAACCGAGAUACUGAGACGCGACCUCGUUUCGUUUUACGCCGUAUACUCGUCGAACGUCGAGCAACACGACAACCGUCAUGUACACGACGAACCGUGCACCGGUUGUUCCAGUCGUGACUCUACUUCUACUUUACUUAAUCGUGAUUUUGCGCACAGCUACCGAGCCGUUCCCGAAGCGAGCAAGGGACAGUCAGCCACGGAGCCGUAUGAGUUUCCUUGGCUAAGAAACAUCCAGAGCAAACCGCACGAGAGGCGACCGAGGAAGCAGAGACAGCCCAGAAAGGUGACAGGGGUCCAGGAGUUCGAUGACGAGGACUCAACUUGUUCUGAGGGGGAGAACCAGGACAAGAAACUAGAAGAAACGACAUCCAGUCCUGUAAAGAAGUGUCCAUCCAGGGCUAUCACCUUGAUAGAUAUGAAAGCUAGGUAUCGAAAUCAACAGAACAGAAGAAAUUUGCUCAAGUGUCGUCAAUGCCCCAAAGAUGCACUUGCCAGGGGAUCAAUUUGUUCAGCGUACCACACCAAAGUCUCUCUCAUUCUCCAUAAACUAUGGAGGCACAGAAGGAAUGAAAUUAUAAGCAAUUGGGUAGCUAGGAACAGUUCGUUGUCACAACCGCCCUCCAUCACGUUGAAGGCGACGGUGUUCACCAACCCUGGAUACGAAUACGACAGAUAACACUCGAUAAGAAAGGCAACGACAGACGAUCGUGUAGAUGGAUCUCGAAAUGCGAAUCUAGAAAGCUGUUUUUCGAUCAGUAUCUUCUCCUUUUAACAAAUUAAUUUUGUAAUAAAGAUAUCUCUUUACUAUGACAGGCGGAAAUGUUUUUGUAAGACGUUGUGUUCGGAGGUCCUACAGAGAGGACUUUUCAGAAAAUUAUUACUAGGAUUUGAUUUGUUCUAUUGUCAUUGUACUUAAUCGUAAUAUUCUACUUAUUCUUAUUUCUAAGGAUAAUAUUAUAUAUUAUCCUUUAUAUUACUAUAUUAUAUUAUAUUAUAUUAUAUUAUAUUAUAUUAUAUUAUAUUAUAUUAUAUUAUAUUAUAUUAUAUUAUAUUAUAUUAUAUUAUAAUAUAUUAUAUUAUUACAAGAGGAUAUUCUUAUUACAAAGUUAUCGAUCUCGCGAGAGAAAAUAUUUGACGAAAAGAGCUGGUACCUUUCGAUAUUCAUCGCUUUAAACUUUAGCUUCCGGAUUCAGGGUAUUUGUAUCGUAUUGGUUAAGAAAUCCGUAGCCUUCGUCUUGUUCGGAGGAUAAUAUCGGAUGCUGUGAAGCGAACGUCCGUUUUUGAGAAAUUAUUGGUGUUCCUAAUCAAGAUUUCGGACCACAUCUCGUAUGAAGUUUGAGGGUAUUGAUCGAUUUGAAACGAACGGUCCAUGUUUGGUCGAUGAACUACGGCGAUAGAUGCGGAAACUUUCUCAUAGCCAACGAAACAAUUUUAGAUAGAAAAGAAUUUUGUCGAGGUUGUAGGGAUAAAACGAUAAAGGAGCCUUUCUGCUCUCAAUUAAACCUUUUCUGGACGGGACGAUGAUUCUAAGAAAUUGAAACAGCGAAACAUUUAGCGCAUAAGAAAGAACUAAUCGAAAGUACCUUGACACUCGAGUUUUUAUCCUUGUAAGCACAUUCAUCCGCAUUGGACUUUAGAUUGCCUAUGACGAACGUCGCGAAGACCAUAUUUUUCAGAAAAGAUAACAGAUAAAAAAGAUGAAAAAAAAGAAUGCAAAUUGAAACGAUAUUAAUGUUGGAUGAUCGUCCCUAAUCGAUGUCUUGUGCGUAUGUCCAUCGUCCGUCUCUGUAAUUACGUGAUUAUUUUCGUUUACUGAUCAGUCGACUUUGCUAGCCUAAAAUAUACUUACGGUGGGGCUGUGUCUAGUCAAAAAAAAAAAAAAAAGAAAAAAUAGAAAAUAUCAAAAAAAAAGGCGAAAGAAAAAAUGAUUGAGACACGCAAGUCACGAAAUUUGUGCCUAGCCGUCAGACAAGCACCAUAUUUAUAUAAGGGAUAUUUGUACAAAAACAUCUUGUUUACGUUAUUACAUGAAAUAUAUUAUAUCUAUUGUACUUAAGCAGGGGACGUGAGAAGCCCAGGCAACUGUAGACUCUCAGAGAACAUCCACCUUAUCUGUUAUUUCUCUGAGAUUCUGUGAUUUCUGGCUUUUCAUUUCACACUCCCCUCCAUUUAAGCAUACGAGCACAAAUGGAAAAGGAUUUAAUUUCAUUUCUUUUAUAGUGAUCCAAAAUCGUGUCUUUCAGAUCAUUAACUUUAAUGUUCUAAUCUUCAUUUAUGUGGUAUUAUUGAUCGUUUAUUAUUGUAAAAAUGAUUUUCGAACUUUUUGUUUCGUACUAAAUUAAUUGCUGCAAUACGUUGAUUAAAAUUCCAUGAGAUUCGAGAGAUGUUCUAAGCGAAAUUAUUUCCAUUGAAAAGAUUAUAAUCGUAUGUGAAGUAAAAUAAAAUAUGUUGAGGUCACAGAA